AUGAAAGUUCCUGAUGGAAUGAAAGAAUUAGUUCAUAUUGUUGCUGGUCUUCAAAAAGAUGUUAAACAAAUGAGAAACGUUUUAACAUUACCAGAAGCUCAAGCAUAUGCCAAACGUCAUGGUCCAAAUUGGGAAGCACAUGAAGCAGACAUUACGGGUCCAAAUGGAAAACCUGAUGGUAUAAAUGAAGUUUUCGUUACUGAUGGUCAAGGUAAUAUUAAAGUCAUAAAUGGUUACAAAUUAAGUAUAUCUGAUUAUUCUAAACGUAAAGCAUAUAAUGAACGUUAUCCUAUGCAAUUUGAUGAAAAUGGAAAAGCUGUUAAACAAUACAUUGGAGAAGGUGAAAAUGGUCCAAUUAAUUCAUACCGUCAUAAUCCAUAUUCUUAUUUCAAUGAAGAAUUAAAUGCUAUUGAAGAGGGACCGGAUGGAUUACCACGAUAUUCUAACCAGUUUGAUGGUCAAUAUGCAAAUAUUAGACCUGAAAUUUCAGCUAAGAAAUUCUUUAAAGUUGCUUUAUUCGAUCCAGUUUUCGCAAAUGUUAAAGAUGAACUUAAACAGCAAUUUCAACCAAUUAUAGUAGCAAGAAUUGCAUCAG